UUGUCAUUUAAAAGAAAAUCUAGAAAUCGUUUGGGUGCAGAGGCUGACGUGCGGAUUGCUAUCAACAACGAAGUGCCUCGCUUCGAAAAACUCUACGACAGUAAACAUGAACAAAAGAGUAACUGA